UUCAUAUAGCUGUUGAAUAGCAUAGGAGAGAAAAUGGACCCGUAUGGGAGCCCACAGCUCAAAAGGCACAGAACCAAGCAACAAUCUCCUAGUACUAUUUACUGGUAUGACCCUGCAGAAAGACAUGGUUAGGCUGGUGUGAGCUAUGGCCCAGUUCUAUUAUAGAAGAAGCGUCAAUGCCCCUUACCGAGAUCGAAUCCCGCUACGCAUUGUACGAGCUGAGUCUGAACUCUCACCUCCCGAGAAAGCCUAUUUGAAUGCUGUGGAGAAAGGAGAUUAUGCCAGUGUGAAGCAAGCCCUGGAAGAAGCAGAGAUAUAUUUCAAGAUCAAUAUUAACUGCAUUGACCCCCUUGGAAGAACAGCUCUUCUUAUUGCAAUAGAAAAUGAGAACCUGGAGCUCAUAGAGCUACUUUUGAACUUUAACGUCUAUGUUGGGGAUGCUUUGCUGCAUGCCAUCAGGAAGGAGGUAGUUGGAGCUGUUGAGCUGCUGCUAAACCACAAGAGACCCAGUGGGGAGAAACAGGUACCACCCAUUCUUCUGGAUAAACAAUUCUCAGAGUUUACACCAGACAUCACACCCAUUAUCCUGGCUGCCCAUACAAACAAUUAUGAGAUCGUAAAACUUUUAGUACAGAAAGGUGUUUCUGUUCCCAGACCGCAUGAAGUCCGCUGUAACUGUGUGGAGUGUGUCUCUAGCUCAGAUGUGGACAGCCUUCGCCAUUCCCGAUCCAGGCUCAACAUCUACAGAGCUCUUUCAAGUCCAUCUUUGAUUUCCCUGUCAAGUGAGGAUCCUUUUCUUACAGCUUUCCAAUUAAGUUGGGAACUUCAGGAACUGAGCAAAGUGGAAAAUGAGUUUAAAUCUGAAUAUGAAGAACUAUCACAGCAAUGCAAGCAAUUUGCAAAAGACCUCUUGGAUCAGACACGGAGUUCCAGGGAACUUGAAAUUAUUCUUAACUACAGAGAUGAUAACAGUCUAAUAGAAGAGCAGAAUGGUAAUGAACUUGCAAGACUCAAACUGGCAAUUAAGUACCGUCAAAAAGAGUUUGUUGCCCAGCCAAACUGCCAACAACUGCUUGCCUCUCGCUGGUAUGAUGAGUUCCCUGGCUGGAGGAGGCGCCACUGGGCCGUGAAGAUGUUGACUUGUGUCAUCAUUGGAUUUCUUUUCCCCGUCUUCUCUAUCUGCUACCUGAUAGCUCCCAAGAGCCCACUGGGUCUGUUCAUCAGGAAGCCAUUCAUCAAAUUUAUCUGCCAUACUGCAUCCUACUUGACUUUCUUGUUCCUUCUGCUGCUUGCCUCUCAGCACAUUGACAGGUCAGAUCUGAACAUGCAGGGACCUCCACCAACCAUCGUCGAAUGGAUGAUAUUACCGUGGGUCCUGGGGUUUAUCUGGGGUGAAAUUAAACAAAUGUGGGAUGGUGGCCUGCAGGAUUAUAUUCAUGACUGGUGGAACCUGAUGGAUUUUGUAAUGAACUCAUUGUACCUGGCAACAAUAUCUUUAAAAAUUGUUGCAUUUUCAAAGUACAGUGGGCUGCUCCCAAGACAGAGCUGGGAUAUGUGGCACCCAACACUGGUGGCUGAGGCACUGUUUGCUAUUGCAAACAUAUUUAGUUCUCUGCGCCUGAUCUCCUUAUUCACUGCAAAUUCUCAUCUGGGACCAUUGCAGAUCUCUCUUGGAAGAAUGUUACUGGACAUUUUAAAGUUUCUUUUCAUCUACUGUCUUGUGCUGCUAGCUUUUGCAAAUGGCCUUAACCAGCUAUAUUUCUAUUAUGAAACAAAUGAUGCCAAUCGCUGUAAAGGGAUUCGGUGUGAAAAUCAAAAUAAUGCAUUUUCAACUUUGUUUGAAACCCUCCAGUCACUGUUUUGGUCCGUGUUUGGGCUCAUCAACCUUUAUGUGACCAAUGUAGACGCACGGCAUGAAUUCACUGAGUUUGUUGGGGCCACCAUGUUUGGGACCUACAAUGUCAUCUCUCUGGUCGUCCUUCUCAACAUGUUGAUAGCUAUGAUGAACAAUUCCUAUCAGCUCAUUGCUGAUCAUGCAGACAUUGAAUGGAAAUUUGCUCGAACAAAACUUUGGAUGAGUUACUUCGAAGAAGGAGGGACUCUACCUACUCCAUUUAAUGUCAUACCAAGUCCAAAAUCUCUCUGGUACCUGGUCAGAUGGCUGUGGAGGCAAGUGUUCAGGAAAAAAAUCAGAAAGAAACCUGAAAGUUUUGGAACAAUUGGGAGGCGUGCAGCUGAUAAUUUGAGAAGGCAUAAUCAGUAUCAGGAGGUCAUGAGAAAUCUGGUUAAGAGAUACGUGGCUGCAAUGAUAAGAGAUGCUAAAACGGAAGAGGGGUUGACCGAAGAGAAUUUUAAGGAGUUAAAGCAAGAUAUUUCCAGUUUCCGCUUUGAAGUCCUGGGCUUGUUAAAAGGAAACAAACUCUCUAGUUUACAGUCCUCGAAAGUCAGCAGAGAAGAGCCCUCUUUGCCAGAAUCUGAUGAAGGAAAUGAAAAUGGAGGAGACGAGAAAAUUAAGAAGAGAAACCUGAGCCUUUUUGACAUAACUUCAAUGAUUCACCCCAAAGCGGUGGCAAAGUCCUCUGAAGCACACAGCCACAGCAAUGGGUCAGCCAUGAUGACAAGAGUUUCCUCCAAGGAAAAGCAGAGGAGAGUGAAUUGCGUGAGUGAUGUCAAGAAGUUUGGGUUCUUUCACAGACAAUCCAAAAGUGCUGAGCAAAGGACGAGUAUUUACUCGAUUUCUGAAGAAGUUUCCCGCCAACAAGCUUCAGAAGAAUGUGAGAAAGCUCCCGAAAUGGGAGUGAAAGCGUUGGUUGUGAACUGUGAACUCAACAUUCGGGAUCUCCAUGAAGUAGGCACUCAUAAUCAGGCCAGAAAUGAGGCACUGGACUCAAAGGUGGAUGAGAAAGUUGCUGCUUCUGAAAUGAAGAAGGCUAAUUUGCCCACACCAAAGGAUUCUCCGGACAAUGAGCAGGACUUCAGUAGUAGUGACUCUGUUGUGAAACAAGAAACAAUUGCUCAGGACAAUUACCUGACAACAAGAUUGUGAUGAGCGGAGGCAGAAGCUUAUAGAAACACACUUGGCGGUGGUGAUGCUUAAAUCAGAAAAUAAAGAAUCAAAGCAUUCGGAGGCAAGGAUUUGUAACAUAGCUCAGUGAAGAAGAGGAAAUGGAGGAGCCUUCUGUUUUGUAGCCUGCUUUAGCUUUCACGGCUUCUUUUACAUUUUUUUAUUAAAUGGGAGCAUCUUGUAUUCUUGUACUGUUGCAAUAACCCACAGAUACUUUUUAGCUAUCUUUUUCAAUUUGAAAUAAAUGCCAUUUCUCUCCUGUGAUAGUUAAUUGCCUAUGGUAAAUAUUUUUCUAUGCAAAUAAAUGUAGCUUAACAAAGGUGCGAGCCUUUAUGAACCUUUUUUUAGGAUUCCUAAAAACGGAAGAGAGAGAAUCGUCAGUGCUUUCUGUCAAAGGGUGUUAGCCAACAUUACUCUAUGAUUAAUGUUGGAUAUCUACUCUGACCCAUUGAAAGCAGUGGACAAUUUAAAUUGAUUUUGGUGGGUCUGCUCUGAAUAUGAUUUAGCUGGCUAUACCCAAAAUUAUUUAACUAGUUAGGAAUCUUAUUUAUAAAUAAAAUUUAAAACAGUGAAAUGAUUUAUUGAAAUUUAUUGAAAUGGUUAGUGCCUAUAAUUUACUAGUAAUCAUUUCGCUAUUUAUGUAAAAUAGCGUAAAUUUGUUAUUUAUGUAUACCCUAUUCGCAAUCACCAUUUCCAUACCUAAAAAAUGUUGCAAUUGAAUUUUUAAAUUUGAAAACUUCAGAUAUAACCCUGCAGCAAAAUAAAAUAUUGAGACUUUUUAGUGGAAGAUGCAUUAUCAAAGCAACCUUGCACAUGCAUUUUGCUGUAAAAUGGGUUAAUCCUUCCUUAGCCUCCUCAUGCCACACACAUAUCCCGCAAUGGUCUGGGGGAGGGGGAGAGCAUAUUUUAUAAAAUGUCUGAAUGAUAACCUGCAAGCAUUUCUGACUCUCCACACACACUCAAGCUUGGAUUAAUCCAGGCAUAGGCAAACUCCAGUCCUCCAGAUGUUUGGGACUACAAUUCCCAUCAUCCCUAGCUAACAGGGCCAGUGGUCAGGGAUGAUGGGAAUUGUAGUCCCAAACAUCUGGAGGGCCGGAGUUUGCCUAUGCCUGUAUUAAUCUGUGAGUCGUACUCUUUCGAGAAGUCUCUUUUCACUUCUGCAUUCAUAAUCCCAGUGUAUUCCACUAGCAACACAAGAGUGCUUCAGAAUAAUCUAAUUGAUGUGCUAUCAAAUUAUGACAAUCAUUCAAAAUCUUCUAAAGACAAAUCUGAACAGAAUCAGUCUCCUUUCCGAGAUGUUGGUGGCCUCCUUUCUGACUCUUUGCACAAUAAAUACGAUGGCUGGUAUUCAACUAAGUUUUACUUAGAGUAGACAUACUGGAAUUAAUGAACAUGAUUGUGUUAGGCCCAUUAAUUUCAGUAGGUAUACUUUGACCAAAACUUAAUUGAAUACCACCCCAUUGGCUUUUAAAUGUACAAUAUUAUUAAUCUGAGAGUAUUUUCAUAAACAAAGUGUUUUACUGUGAGCCAAAAUAAUUUUUGAAAUUAAACAGUCUGUUUCUUUCU